AUGGAGAGCGCUGAAGAUAUUGAUGAUUAUUUUAACAAGAUUGAUAAUGCUAUCGGUUCAAAUACCUCAGAUGAUCAGAUAAGCAGUUUGUUCAGCAAUGCUUUGCGAAUUAUCGAUGAUGUACUUCAGUAUGAAGAUGAUGAUUUAAAAUUUAAUCAAGCAAAACAUCAGUACCAUACGAAAAAAUCAAGUUAUCUAAGGUCGAUUGGUAAACUAGACGACGCACAGAAAGAAGAACGUGUUGCCGCGCGUCAUGGUAAAAAAUUACAGCAACAGACACCUGCACCGCAACCACUACCUCCAGGGUCUACAGAACGACAUGAGGACGAUGACUACGCUACGAAAAUCUCGACGACCACCGCUACCACUUCGCCGCAAGCAGUUAACGCAACCUUUGCUGACGUGAAAACAACGGUUCAAAAAUGUUUUGCUGAAUUACAAUCCUGUCUGUCUCGUUUAAGUAUGCAGCCCAUGAUUAAUGAACUGCGGCCACUAGUUGAAAAUUAUUUCGUUGAUUAUGUUAAAACAUUCGAACAGUACACGAGUUUAGAUAUGAUCUCCUCUCAAAUACGAUUUACCUUAAAUUUGCUAAGAGAUCAAGCAAUUACAGCGAAAAGUUCGUCUACUACCUCCUCAAGUGCAGCCACAUCAACGACAGGCAUCACACAAGAAGUAACAGCAGCAACAACAGGUAACACUCUGCCUUUCAGAAGUGACGAAUCGAAACUUCCAGUUUUUAUUGCUAAACUUGAUAUAUCAAUUGUUGAAUGUCUUUACGAGUAUCGACGUACUUUCUGCCAGUUUCUUCUAUCGCAAGAACAGUACAUAAGUAAAAUACUAUUUGAAAAUGUUCCGUUAACAGUUAGUUAG